AUGAAAUGCGCGAAUGAAUCCGUCACGAUAGAACUGAAGAACGGCACCAUCGUGUCGGGCACAAUCACCUCGGUGUCGCCGCAGAUGAACACGGCCCUGCGGGCGGUCAAGAUGACGACCAAGAACCGCGCAAAUCCCUCCGCCCCCGGCGACACGGUCAGUCUCGACACCAUCAACAUCCGCGGCUCGACCAUCAGAUACUACAUCCUGCCGGACUCGCUGCCCCUCGACACGCUCCUCAUCGACGACCAGCCGAAGCCGAAGAACAAGGCGAGGAAAGAAGGCGACUCACGCGGCGGCCGGGGUCGGGGCGGCCCCAGAGGACGGGGAAGAGGCGGUGGACGUGGACGGGGUAGAGGAAGAGGGUUUUAG